CCUUGGCUUCCGAGCAUGCGAGCUUUAGGAACUUUCGCGAGGCUUGCUUUUAUGUAGAGUCCUUUAAGGUAGGUCUCUGUCUUCCGCUUCAUAAUCUGUUUGUUGAGAUAUUUCAGCAUUAUGGAAUAGUCCCUGCACAACUCAUGCCAAACUCUUACCAUGCCAUUUUGGCAUUUAUUAUAUUUUUUUACCAUCUUCAUCGAGAGAUUUCUCUUGAUAUUUUUGUGAGUUGGUUCACCUUAUUUGUUCACCCUACCGAGGAUGGAUGGUUUAGCUUCUGGCAUCAUAAGGAUGUCUGAAUCAUAGGCAACACUCCAUCCUCAAUAAAAAAUUGGAAGAAGAAGUUCUUCUUUAUUAGAUUCGGGGGUGAGGAAAAAUUUCCUUUCUAUACGGCGUGGUUGCUCCCAGGCGUUAAAUCGGCUAAUGAAGCACUUCCUCUCAGCGCAUCCGAGGAAGAGUUCCUUACGAUGGCUAAAUCGAGCCUUUAUCCGCCCAUUGAGGCAAAAGAACUCACGGAGGAGAGGCUUUUGUACGGUUUAGGACUUAGCUUGGUGGUUAUAGAUUCUACCGUGUAUAAGGAGAGGAUCACCCAGAAGAAGGCUAAAAAAGUACUAGCACGACAAAGCGAGGCACAAGAUCGUGUCUCGAAGAGAAAGGCUCCCAUCAUCGUCACUGUCUGUAAGGGGAAGAGGGCUUGUGACUCUUCUUCUUAUCCCAUCGCUAUUUAGGCUUUGGCCGCAGUCCACAGUACUUCUAAGCCUAUAGAGGUUGAGGACUUGAACAGUCCACCUGAGGGCUUGGCCACUCAGACUCGCAUCAACAUUCCUAGGACUCCUCCAGGAGAGGUCCCCUUUGUUCCCCCUUAUGGGCGUAAGACGGAGGAUAUGGCCAUUGGUGACCCUAGGGUCGCUAAGGCUUUUAUAGUCGAUGAUCGCCUUCCUCAGGACAGGGCACUGGUGGUGGACUUAAUGAACGGGCACCUGGUGUAGAACGCCUUUUGUUCUUUCGUUGGGACCAUGAACUGUGUGGCUGAGACCCUCACUCGGCUCGAGAAGGCCACAGAAGAGCUCUCCCAGGCCCAUGAUGCUUGUGUUGUUGUGGAAAUGGAACGUGCCACUACUGAGAAUCUGUUUUCUGAGCUUGAGUUUGAGCUAAGGAAGAUGAAGGAGAAGGUCGAGCAAAAAUUGGCGAAGAAACUAUCUAUAGUUGAUAAAUAUGAGGCCGAGGCCAUUGCCGCCGCCAAGGUUCAAGGUGUGCACGAAUAUAAGGCUUCUAAGGCCUUCAAAGAUGACAUUACAGAUGUGGGCUCUGGUUUAUUUAUGACGGGCGUGGUCGAUGUCCGCAAUUGGGUACUUCAACGCUAUCCCAAGGUCAAUUCUUUGACUUGUGAUAUCCCCUUCUCCUUAAGUGUUGACGACGAGGAGGGGAAGGAGACAGGUAGGCAAUGCCAAGAUGAUGCCGAAGAUGCUGAAGUUGAAGGCCUUCACAAUCGACCCUUGCUUGUGACCCCUGACAAAGGUGGAGCUGACGAAGAGCAUGAUGAAGACCUUGGGGAGGAGCUCGACACCAAAGUCUGUGAGCACGAACCGAGUAGCCAGGGAUCUUUUCUUGUGUUUCUUGCAACUAUCUCUUAUAAUAUCCCUUAGGCUUUCUCUUUAUAAGAAGAGAAUUUUCAAUGAAGUUCCUUCGUGAGAAACUUGA